AGAGAGAAAGAGAGAGAGAGGAAGCGGAGGGACGCCAAGCGAGCCUCUUCCAGGACAGGUAUUCACAAAUUUCCCCAUUACCACCAAAGAAAAUGACUGCAUCAUCUCUUGCAAUAAGAGUGGAAACCUGGCUAUCAUCUACAUGGCAUGUGAAGGUCCCAGCACGUUGGAUAGAAGCUUGCAUUGAUUGGAUUCAACAAGAAAAUGGUGGUUUACAUUUGGCCCAAGCUUCUCUUAAUAAACAAGUUUUUGAGCAAUGGCUUCUAACAGAUCUCAGGGAUCUCGAACAUCCUGUUCUUCCUGAUCGCAUUUUAAAUGAUCCAAAAGGAGAACUGAAUGGCUUUUAUUCCAUACAGAUCGAUUCACUUGUUGACGUCAGCCAGCCUGCUUAUUCUCAAUUGCAAAAGUUGAGAGGGAAGAAUACUACAAAUGAGGAAAUUACUAACAGUACACAAGGAACUUUGAGACCCUGGGAGGCAAAGCCUUCUCGAAUGCUGAUGUUGCAACUGACCGAUGGUGUACAUCACAUUCAAGCUAUGGAAUACCAUCCUGUCCCUGUUCUCCAUUGCGAUCUCCCUCCAGGGACAAAAGUCAUGAUACAAGGGAAGGUUGUGUAUCGUUUAGGUGUCCUCCUGCUUAAAUCAGAAAAUGUGAAAUUGUUGGGAGGUGAAGUGGAUGGUCUCAUGGGAGAAAAUGGUAGAGAAAGAAUUCUUCUUAGACUUCUUGGGAAAGAAGAUGAAAAUGUCCCUAAUGUUGUUGCAUCAAAUACUAGGGAAUGUGUGGUUCCGCAACCACUUGAUGAAGUUGGCCAAAGUCUUGGUCCUUCUGAUGAAGAGCUUCUGGCAAGUCUUGAGGAAAAUGAUGAAUUAAUGCUCAGUGAGGCACCUGUUGAAAGCGGAUAUUGCAGCAGAGGUACAAGUAUAAAUUCUACCUCAUAUUCUCUCCCUGCUAACACAGCAAACUCCUUGCAGCAAGGCCCUGUGGCAUACAUUACAGGGCCUGAAGAACAAAACAUGGAAGGAGACUUCGAUGACUUUCCAUUAGAUGACGAUCUGUUUUUACUAGAGGAGAUCCAGCAGGAAGAGAGACAAGUUCUGAACAGAGUUACUAGCAUGGAGAGCCAGCCACCAGGAGAAAAGAAACACGGAGAAGGAAGGAUGGAAGAUGUAUCUGAAGAAAUCACAGGUGGUUUUUCUGCAAAACAUAAUGCAAAACACGCCCAGGACUUGGAUGAUCGCUUUGAAAACAAGCUUGUUCAGGAGACAAGUAGUAAAGGCAAUGAAAUGUCAUCCAGCAUUUCUAACAUCAGAAUAACAAGCAGUAAUACAGAAUUUGAACAAUCUCCUGACUGUGUACAGACUUGCAAAAUAAACAACAAAUACCUUGCAAUUGGUUUGGAUUCUCCUCCCUUUACAUAUUUAUCAGUGUUGUUAAGUAGUAAGCCCAAGGAUAUUACAGCUGUGAAAAUUAAAGCAUUUAUAGUCACUCUUUCUGGAAGUCUGACAAGUAGUGGUGGUUUCUGGAGUGUUGCAGCAAAAAUAACUGAUGGCACAGCUUAUUUGGACGUUGUUUUUGCUGAUGAGAUUUUAACAAGCUUGAUUGGGUUUUCAGUACCCGAAAUGAAAGAGUUACGGAAAGAUCCUGUCAAUUCCUCAAAGCUUAAGGAGGGCUUGCAGAAUUGCCAGAGAGAACUGAUAGACCUUUGCUGUCUGAUGACCAUUGAAUUCAGUCCCUCCCAGGCAAAAGCAAGAGUAGUGAUUUUGCAAGAUAUCAAUGCAAAUGAUGUGGAAAAUCUAAAAAGGCGCUUACAGACGUAACACUGAAAUUAUAUUUUUGAUUGUAAUCCUAAAAAAAGUUUGCAUUGAAAUAUUUGUUUGGUUGUGCUAUCUUCGUGCAAUGUUUUAAUAAUUUCUGCCACUUUUCUGUAUUUAAGAUUAAUGUAUGAUUUAACAUGGCUUUUUUGUGUCUGUUUCUUAAUACUUCCUAAAAAUAUCAGCAAAGCAAGUUUCAGAAAUAAAUGGGAAACA